AUGGAUGAUUUGUGGAAUCAAGCAUGGGAUUCUUUGAUUCAAGAGGUGCAGAGGGAGGCCGACGAGGAGGCGGCGGCGGCGGCGAUCCCUCGUGAGAUUCGUCAUCGUCGGACAAUCCCACGGGACCAUGUCGGAGCGGCUGAGCGGCUUAUGGCCGACUACUUCAGCGCUGACCCUCGUUACCCGGCUGAGAUUUUUCGUCGGCGUUUCAGAAUGUCGCGACCGCUCUUUACCCAUACAGCGACGACAUUGGCGGACCGGUUCGAGUGCUUCACGCUCCGGAGUGAUUGCACUGGCCGGAUCGGGCUGUCUACUUUGCAGAAAUGCACCUCUGCAAUUAGGCAGCUUGCCUAUGCGGGACCGGCUGAUAUGUUCGACGAAUACCUACAGAUGGGUGAGACGACUAGUCUAACUGUGCUCCGGCAGUUUUGUAAGGGCAUUCGGGAAGUCUUUGGUCCGGAGUUCCUACGAAAGCCAACUCCUGAUGAGUGCCAGAGACUGCUAGAUAUGCACGGUGCGGUGCACAAUUUCCCAGGCAUGAUGGGCAGCAUUGAUUGCAUGCAUUGGGAGUGGAAAAACUGCCUGGUGACGUGGAAAGGCCAGUUCACUACCGGUUUCAAGCAGAAACAUCCGUCGAUGAGCCUCGAAGCCGUUGCCGACUACCGUUUGCGGAUCUGGCAUGCGUAUUUCAAGUGUUGCAGGUUCAAACAACGACAUCAACGUUCUGCAGUCGUCGCCUAUCUUCAAUGA